AUGUCCCACCUAACCUACUACAACUACGACGGCGUCGGAAAAAGCAAACAAGCCCAGUUCAAAUACAGCCAGGCCGUCCGCGUCGGCGACCGCAUCGAAUGCGCCGGACAGGGAGGAUGGGACCCCACCACGGGGAUCAUCCACCGCGAAAUCAACGCGCAAAUCGACCAAGCCUUCGCCAACGUCGAUAUGAAUUUACGGAACGCAGGCGGGAAGGGCUGGAGCCAGGUGUACCGGGUGAACUCGUACCAUGUGCCGAUCAACGACGAGGCGUUGGAGGCGAUGGUGCGGAAUUUCAAGAAGUGGGUUCCUGAUCAUGAGCCGAUCUGGAUACGCCCUGCAUCCAAGUCCUACGUUGACUUGCUACGUCAACGCAUACAAUUCCUCGAGGAAUUUCUGGCCAAACGCGGGAUUGACCCAGACACGGAGAAGGCACUUGAGAAGAAAAGAGAGAAUAUCGACGCUGUAGAUGAAGAUUCACAAUAUAUGGAUGCUCUAUGCGAUCAAUUCAAGGGAUAUCUUGCGCUCGACGAGUCUCUUAAUUUCGACGCCGACGGUGAGAUGCGAUUCUUUGGGCCGACGAGUGGACGUCUCCAGUUCGCUGCUCAGGGUGCCACGCCAGAGAAAGAAUCAAAGGCACACGUUGAACAUCCAGUGAAUAGCUUGACCUUUGGAUCAGCAGCAUACGACGAUUUCAUUCCCACAGAGCUUGAAACACACUUGAUCGACCUGUACUUCACCUGGGAGCAACCAUGGUACCAGAUCGUGGACGAGGAUCUCUUCCGCGACAGCAUGGCAAACAGAGGUCGCUAUUUCACCCCCCUGCUUCUGUACAGCAUUCUCGCUAUAGGGUCACGGUACUCUGACCGCGUCGAAACCCGUACAGACGCAAACGAUCCCAACACAGCCGGUCGCUUCUUCUUCGAACAAGCCAAGACUCUACUUCACCGGGAAAUGGAACGACCAAGUCUGACGACCAUCCAGGCAUUAGGCCUCAUUGGGAUGUUUUACAUUGCCACAGGCGCUGAUGCAGCCGGGUGGCUGCACCACGGCAUGGCGAACAGGCUAAGUCUGGACAUGGGACUCAACCUGGACCCAGCUGCAUUCGAGGGAGCCGCGAGCCUGUCUCCUAAAGAAAUGCAGCUCCGGCGACAGAUCUACUGGACUCUAUACUGUCAUGACAAGCUCUCCGCGAGCUAUACAGGGCGCGUCUGCUCCAUGCUGGACGUCCAAGGCGCCGUCAACCUACCCAGUCAUGCAGACGAGACCUCAUCUCCCCGAAAGCAAGCCAUCCUCUCUCUACAGACAGCCUUAAUCCGCAUCUGCCAAAUCUACGAGAAGAUCUUCAUGUCCUUAUGGGCCCCAAAACCCACCCUCAACCAACACCAACGACCCGCCUUUCUCAAAUCCUGUCUUUUGGACCUAAAAACGUGGCUCUACGAUCUCCCUCCAGCGCUCCGGCUCGACCUGCCAAAUCAUCUUCCGCACGCAUAUACCUUGCACAUGGUCUACCACACCGCUAGAAUCCUCCUGACCAAACCUUUCACAAUAAAACUCACCCAUCAAUCUGCCUCCAGCAGCGAUACAGACGCCAACGGAGCACAAACACAAACACAAGCACAGUCCGUCUCCGCCGACUCCGCCCGCGCAAUCUGCACCAUCGCCCAGAAAUACCGCCAGCACUUUGGCAGUUUCCAUCUCAGCCCCAUCACCGCGACGCAUUGCAUGCUCUCCGCGGCGACAGUGUUACUCGAGGACAUCGGUGGGAAGGAGAACAUGCUUCCGUCGCAGAAGAGCCGGUUGGAGGUAUGUGUGGGUGUUCUUGAGGAGCUGGCGGGAUCGUGGCAGCCCGCAAGGCAUAUUGGGAAUAACCUGCGGCGGUUGCUGAGUGCGAGGUAUAACCUGAAGUUCUCAGGGAGUGAUACAGAGGGCCAGCCGCAGUCUCAGACUGCAGAUGAUCGCUUAUCUCAGCCUAUGGGGUUCGAUUUUGUGAACGAGGAGAACACGGGACACGCGGAUUUUCUCGAUGAUCUUGGACUAAGACAUCAGCAUACAGAAGGUCUGCCGUCGACUCUUGGUUUACCUCCUGCUUUGGACUCUCUACCGGUUGAUUACGGGUUGUUUGGAAUGCUGAAUCAGGUUAAUAUGGAUAGAAUGUGGUAG